AUGGACUACAGCAGUAUGAUUCUCGAAGCUAAUAGCAUACCUGCAUAUUACAACCUUGCGGCUGCUACUACGCUUUGGAGCAUUCUUACCGGAAUUCUUGUUUUACCUGGCACUUUUACUUCACUUCAACAAAAAGAAGCCUUUCUUCAACAUAUUCCACUUUUGCCUAUUGCUGCUUUUCUAUGCUGUUUAGGCAUAAUAGGACUCAGCUGGCUCUGGUUUAAGUUUCACAAGAAUUAUUACUGGAUCUUGUCUCAUCUGUUUUUACCUGGAGCUUUAAACGCUUUUAGUGGCUUAAUAUCGAUUUUUAUAAAUGUUUAUACAGCCAAGGACCAUAGAUGGUCUCCAACAGCCUGGGUUUCCUUAGGUGUCGUUUUAGUUUCUCUAUGCUUUAUGACUAUAAUGUCUAGCAUUUGCAAAUGGAAACUUUAUUUACUUAAGCGGAAACUAUUCGACGUUGGGUAUAAUUAA